AUGUCACUGCAGCUCUCCAAGACCAACCCUGCCGCUAAAUACAAUGUUCUGUUGAAAAGAUAUCCUUUAACCACUAAGAUGGUCACGGGAGCAGUGCUCGGUGCGAUAAGCGAACUCAUUAGCCAAUAUACAACACCUUCUAAGGAUGAAAACGCCCAGAAUCCCACCACUGUGAUCCAAAAGCUCGUGUUGCUACUGCAAAAAACGAAAUUUCGCAAACUACUUGCCAUGUUUCUGUACGGUGGUCUGGUGAAUGCGCCCAUCAAUCAUUUUUUCUACCAAUGGAUCACAAUAUUUACCGAUCGCCGCGUAAGUUCUAAAUGGAAGCGGCUUUCACAGCUGUGUGGCUCUUGGUUUGUUGUGAGUCCAAUCCAAGUCUUCGGCUUGAUUACAGCGCUUACAUUAGUGAAUAUGGAUUCCCAGAAAAGCCAGUUGUGCCAGAAGUUGGCAGCUGUGAAGGCCACGUUGCGUAACAAAUAUGGACCCAUGCUCACAAGUAGCGUAAUUAGCUCUACUGCCUUCGUGUCCAUCGCUCAGCAAUUUAUAAGUCCUGACAAAUGGUCUGUAUUUUUCAGCUUUGCAUACGCUGUGCUUAACACCGGCCAGAACAUAUAUAUGAAAAUGGCACCAAAGCAGGGACAAGUGUAG